AGACGGCCAACAGAGGAAGAGCCGCUGUGGGUGCAGUUCAUCUUCGCGUGACGCCAAGUCGAUGAUAGUUCUUCAUGCUAAGAAAGAGAUUUAAAAGCACAUUUCUACGUACUAAACCUCAACUUGUAGUCUUCACAAAGACACUUCAACAACGUCUUCGUCAAGAUGAGCUUCCUGUUUGGCAGUCGCUCAUCUAAGACCUUCAAGCCGAAGAAAAACAUCCCAGAAGGCUCUCACCAGUAUGAGCUGCUCAAACACGCCGAGGCGACGCUGGGCAGCGGGAACCUGAGACAGGCUGUCAUGCUACCAGAGGGAGAGGAUCUCAAUGAAUGGAUCGCUGUGAAUACCGUGGACUUCUUCAACCAGAUCAACAUGCUGUACGGCACCAUCACAGAGUUCUGCACUGAGACCAGCUGCCCUGUGAUGUCUGCAGGACCAAGGUAUGAGUAUCACUGGGCUGAUGGGACCAACAUUAAGAAGCCAAUCAAGUGUUCUGCACCCAAGUACAUAGACUACCUGAUGACCUGGGUGCAGGACCAGCUGGAUGAUGAGACGCUCUUUCCCUCCAAGAUCGGAGUUCCUUUCCCCAAGAAUUUCAUGUCUGUGGCCAAAACCAUCCUGAAGCGCCUGUUCAGGGUUUAUGCUCACAUCUACCAUCAACAUUUUGACUCUGUGAUACAGCUGCAGGAGGAGGCUCACCUCAACACCUCCUUCAAGCAUUUCAUUUUCUUCGUCCAGGAGUUCAACCUUAUUGACAGGCGGGAGCUUGCUCCUCUGCAGGACUUGAUUGAGAAACUUGGAUCCAAGGACAGAUAGAAAUUUCAUCACACAUUUCCUCCCUUUUUAAAAGCUGUUUUUUCCUCCUUUGCCCUUCUUCUUCUUCUACCUCUGAUUUCUAGCCUCAACUUGUAAAGAACAUCUGUGCCUUUACACUUAAUAUUUGUAUUGGACAUUUUUCUUUUAUCCCCUUCUGUUCUACACAGAUUUUGAGCCUUUUUAGCCUCUGGGGCUUGUAUACAAUGGUGUAGUAAAGCAAAGAUAUUUUUCACAGGACUGUGGUUACCGACUGUAGGAGCAAUCUACUGAAUAUUUUUUAAAAUUUUUUUCCAUUGGACCAAGGUGAAAACAGCUGCUCGUUUUGAGGAGUUGCUGCAGAGUGUUUGGUUUGUCUAAACACUUGAUUAAUUUUUAACUCUGGGUUAUUAGAAUUGCAAUGAUCGACCAAAUAUAAAAGUUUGUUUUAUGUCUUUCCUUUGUCAACAGAGGAGAGUAACAGAAGGCACAAUAUAGAGUAAUAAACCAGGUCUUUAGUGGGCCUUUACACUUGUUACAACACAGCAAAUGAAGGUAGACACAUACUUGCACAGGUGUUUAUGUGUAAAGCUCACAGUUAUUUUUAGUAACAUUGCUCCUGUACAGAGCGUCUUUAAGUCACAGUUUAAUGUAAAGAGAUGGAUUAUUGCAAUAAUGCCUUAUUAAGCCCAUCUUCAUGCAGCUAUUUUAUGUUGCUUAAGCAAUACAGUGUUUUCCACACUUUCUGAAUAUGGUGAAUGUGCUGAAAAUUUCACAGGUAAUUUUGAACAUUUUUCUUGUCAAGAGCCUAUAAAUCCUUGGGUCAAUCUAUUAAUAGGAGCCUUAUUGUAGAAAUGAUAACAGAAUGAAGAUCAUUGUGACCUUUUAGUUUGACUUGUAUUUGCUGAAUCCCUAACCACUUAAUUUUUUAUUUUGUAUAUUUUUCCUUGGAUCGGAAAGCUAUGUAAUUCUUUUUUCAUCUGUAUGUCAGAGAUGGUUGUAGUUUUGCUGUUUUUUUUACUCCAUUAGUCUUUGUUUCUUGUGAUAUUACCAGAGUUAUUUGUUAGGCUUUACUCUGGCUACAGCAGCAGGUUCUGUCCAUAUAGCCGAUGAAGCUAAUUUUCAUCCUGGAUGUCUGGUCUUCAAAAUGUUAAUCAUGAAAUUGAUUUUAUUACGUGGCUUCACAUUUCACCCAAACUUGCAUCAGUCUUGUAACUCACUAUGAUGAAGCUUAUGAAAGCCUGUUAAAAUCCCUUCAAAACUAGAUAUUCCUCUUACAGGUGCAGAAAUGGUGUGUCCACUCAUUAUUUUUCAGUGUAUACUCUGCCACUAUAUGUUUUUGCUUCAGCUCAUAAUUUCAUUUCUAAACUCCUGGUUACAGUUACUAUGUCAGGUGUUGGAGUUGAAGGUUUUUAUAUUUCACAGUUUUGGUCCAAUUAUUGGGUGGUUGUUAGGAUAGAGUGGGAGUUCUGGGGAUAAAUGUACCACAUUCAAAAAUGUACUGUAACAAAUCAGUGUUUUUCUCAACAAAAUUGUGCCUUACAAUAAAAAUGUCUCAUUACAGUAUUGAUGGAUCAAACAUUCAAUAAACAUCUUAAAGACAA